CGGUUGACCCCCUUCUGCAUUGCUAAUUAAUAUCAUACCCUUAUCAAGGGCUACACAGCCAUUGCACCUGGGCGACAGUUAACUCUGGCUACUUAGAGCAUGUACAUCCAACAUCGUUCUAACAGCGUAUGGAACAUGCAGUACCCUUGCGUCGUAGUUCAUUUUCCCUGAUUUGGCACCUGAACUACCUCAAGAACACCAAACGCAAAGUCAAUACCUGCCCUUCGCUUUUUCCUGUCUUGUCUGGAGUUGAUCCAUCUUUGCAAUGUCGUCUGUUGGUGGCAAAUUAUGUACUAGUGAGGCUUCGAAUCACAAAGAGGAAACCUGCAAUGUUGUCAUUUUUGGAGAAACAGGCGCUGGCAAAAGCUCCUUGAUCAAUUUGGUCGCUGGGACGCGAACGGCGCUGACGUCCUGCACUGCUGUGGGAUGUACAACUGAAACAAAUGUGUACGACAUUUCAAUUCCGAGUCAGAACGAGACCUUGAAGGUCAAGCUUUUCGAUACAGUCGGUCUUGGCAAGGGUUUUGAAGGAGAAGUCUCUGAUAAGGACGCUCGAAGAGCUCUGAAAACGCUCCUUCGAGAUCUUAUGAAGCAAACUGACAUCCAUCUCCUCAUGUACUGUGUACGGGGUGCGAGAGCGACGAAGGCGCUCUAUCGCAACUACAAUUUAAUCCGCUCGGAAGUGAAGGAGAGGGUUCCAAUCGUCCUUGUCGUGACUUGUUUGGAAGACCGUGAACCAGAAAUGGAAGACUGGUGGAGGGAUAACGUGCGAUCCAUCUCAGACUUCGGGAUGACCUUUGCUGGUCACGCAUGUGUCACCACAGCGACUAUCGACAGAUAUGCAGGGGAUGAGCUCGAGCGGCGCCACAAACAGUCAUACCACGCCGUCUCUCAGCUUAUCGAGAAGUGUCGCUCGAAAGGGGGUCAACGUCCACUGUCGGAUGCCGGCGAAAGGCAACAUGACACUAUCCGCCAGGUAUCUCCUAAAAUGGCUACAAGCAAGAACAGGCAUAAAACUAUCGUACUGUUUGGGGAGACAGGAGCAGGAAAAAGCUCACUCGUCAACCUCAUGGCGGGAAAGGAGGUAGCACGUACAUCUCCUGACACGCAACGCUGUACAAUGCCACAGUGGAAUGAGUAUACUAUCGACUUCGACGGUGACUCGUACACGGUUUUCGAAACCAUCGGGCUCGACGAAUCGCAGCUAGAAAUCAAAGAGUACCUCGAAUCUGUCGAAAACGCCUAUAAGCUCGUCAGGGAAUUGGAUAGGCGAGGCGGCAUUGAUCUCCUUCUAUUUUGCGUUCGCGCCGGCAAAAUCACUACUACGCUUCAAGGCAAUUAUUGGCUCUUUCACGAAUUCCUCUGCAAGAAGAAGGUUCCCAUUGUUCUCGCCGUCACGAACCUUGAACGAGAACAAAGGAUGGAGGACUGGUGGCAGAGAAACGAGGGCACCUUCGACAAGUAUCAGAUAAAGGUCGCCGGUCACGCGUGCAUCACUGCUGCCAAUAGAUCGGACGACAGACACAAAGACCUUUACGAACAAUCACGCAUCACGAUCCGCAACCUCGUACAGACUUUUACUGCUGACGGGCAGAAGCAGGCAUGUAUGAGAGGGCACAGCCUGCUCGUGUCGUUGAUGCACAAGCUGAAGGAGUUACUUAUAGGGGGUUUGAGUGUGAGAAGGAAGGAUCUUGUCCCCCAUCUCACGAAGCGUUGUGGAAUGUCUCCAGAGGUCGCAAAACAGUUGAUUGAUAUGAUCGAGUAGUUUGACCUCCCAUCGAACUCAUACCUCAUCUGAUUAUAGACUGUCGUCGUCGGUAAUACGGCCUUACCUUGAGGGUCUCCAUGUAAGUAGACAAACGUGAAUUUGAUGUAAAU